CUUUAGGAAAUCGCGGUGUGGCCCACGACGCGGUUAGUCUUUAUCGAUUAUUCUUUUAAAUCACCAGGAUCAAGCAGCAUUUCAACAUUCUAACCAAAGAUCCAGUGAGCCGCGUCUUUUCUAUUUGUUAAUUCUAUUAACCCUUUCAAUCUUUCUCCUCCCUAAUCCACAAUCCUUCUUCAACCCGCAACCUUUCCAAGAAACGAUUAACUGCCAACGUCUCAAUCUCUUAACUUCUAUUGGGACUGCCGACUUUCGUCAAUCAACAACAAUCAUCAACUGACAUUGUCAAAUUAUAAUUGAACUACGCCUUCGUCGCGCGCAUAUUCUAUUAUUAUCGUCACCUUCUUCAACUUGUAUGCAAGGUAUCAAUCACAAUAAUUAGCCAGGUCUUUUGUAUGGUAGCAAGGUAUCAGCCAAGCUUGCAACUCAACUUAGGCCUUGGGGGAGAGGCCCCUUUGUUGCCGUCGAAAUGGGGAUCCAAGGUUUACUCCCAUUGUUGAAGUCGAUUCAGAAACCGACGGAUUUGAAGAAGUAUCGUGGAGAGACAUUUGGGGUUGACGCUUAUGGUUGGCUCCACCGAGGCACUGUACCAUGUGCCAUUGAACUUGCCCAAGGCAAGCCCACUCGCAAGUAUGUGGAUUUUGCGAUGGGUCGUGUCAAAAUGCUUCAGCACUUUGGCAUUACACCGUAUCUAGUUUUCGACGGCGGAUAUCUACCUAGCAAAGCCUCAACCGAGGCCUCUCGUGAAACCCGCAGAGAAGAAUCUAAGAAGGCCGGUCUCGAACUUCUCAAGGCAGGCAAACCAUCACAAGCUCACAUUCAGCUCCAAAAAGCCGUUGACGUUACCCCAGAAAUGGCACGACACUUAAUCGAGGAACUGAAGAAAGCCGGCGUGCCCUAUGUGGUAGCACCAUAUGAAGCCGACCCGCAAUUGGUUUACUUGGAACGAGAAGGGCAUAUCAGUGGUAUCCUCUCAGAAGAUUCGGACCUUCUUGUAUUCGGUGCCAAGCGACUUUUGACCAAACUUGAUCAGUAUGGUCAAUGUAUUGAAAUCAAUCGUCGAGAUUUCGGUGCUUGUCGCGAGGUGACCUUAACAGGUUGGACGGACAGCCAAUUUCGGCAUAUGGCUAUCCUAAGCGGCUGCGAUUAUCUUGCGAGCAUUAACAGUCUCGGGUUAAAAACUGCGCAUAGGAUGUUACGUAAACAUAAGACCCCGGAUCGAGUUGUUCGUAUGCUGGAAUUCGAUGGCAAAUAUCGUGUUCCGCCUGGUUACCUGGACAUGUUUCGCCAAGCUGAACAAACCUUCCUUUACCCAUGGGUGUUUUGCCCAAAGGCCAACGAGUUGGUUCAUUUCAGCAACCCUGGCCCGGACAUCAAAGUGGAGGAACUUUCAUUCAUUGGCCCGUUCAUUGAACCAAAAGUUGCCAGAGGUAUUGCAGUCGGCGAUGUGAAUCCUAUCACAAAGCAACAGAUACUGCUCAAGCCCCGCCCUUCUCCACGAAAACGAACAGCCUCAGGUGGUACGCCCGCCGUCUCUCAUCAGACAAGAGUACCCCCAGAGAAGCCUAUUGAUUCCUACUUUAAGGGUCAUCGCCGAAUCCCGCUUGGUGAAAUGGAUACAAAUUGCUUCACGGUAAAUCCUGGUCGCUUAUCCGCGCUGACAGAUAAUGGGAAUCGAUCAAUUGUAUUCCCUCUUCCUCGACCAUAUCUUCAGGAGGACCGCCGAGCAUCAUCCGUGAACCCACGCAACUACAUAACUCGCCCCGAGACCGUAUCUCGUACCUUGCGACGUCGAACGGAGCCAGUAUCUAACCUUCUCAACAACAACGGUAAUCUUGUGCCAUCUGAGUCACAAGGUCAAGCCACCGGGGUUAGAACCAACACCACGAGUAGCUUGCAAGGCACGGGUGCUAAUGCCGCUAGGCCGUCUAAGAAGGCACGUCUAUGUGACGAUGGCAGCUCGGGGCUAAGUCCUAACAACAAGAGCAAGUUUUUCUCAGCAACAACUGCUAAGAAAGCAGGUGGCAAGAAGGGUCUCGGUUAUUUGAUGUCCGAUGACUCUAUUGAGGAGGCUCUGAUGGACUUGCCGGACGUCGACGGAUGGGGGAAAUCGGCUAAGGGACAGAAGGAAGUACCCGUUUAUGAGGAGGAGCAAUCGGUCAAAGCGGAAGUUUCUAAGGAUGGCACCGAAGAGGAGCUGACUCCGAGCACACCGAGUAGCUCGGGAAUCGUAGAGCGAUACUCGUACAUGCCAAAUGUUUCGCUCAACUUGUCGACCAACGGAUGCAGCCAGUCAAGACGCCAAAGUGGACCUGCUUCUCGUAGAAGUUCGCUCAUAGACCUAACCCCCGCAUCAUCCAUCACAACUUCUGCGCCCUUUAGCUCGUCCGGCUACCCAUCAACAGCAAAGACGACUCCGGGCACGACACGCUUGACACCUCUUGAGCGACUUGGUGUUCAGGCUUUGGGUCGCAACAAGCAACCUUCGACGCCGACAUUUGGAGCACCCCGACCCGCGAAGCGUUCUGGCCUGGGACGACCUAGUUUGGAUUCGUUGCCGAUUAACCCAGCAUUCGUACCUCUGCCGCCGGUAGAUUUAGAGGAGGUGGAGGCACUACAUCAGCCUCUUGGUAGUGAGGAUUUGAUGCUAUCUGAGAGUGGGAACGAGGAGGAAGACUUGGAGGCAGAGGAGGGACAGGAGAAUAUCGGGGAAAAGAAGAAGAAAAGAGGUGGUAAGGUGGACUUGUCGAGAUUCCUUUUCGCUUAGAUGACAAGUCUUCGCAGACUACGCCAGGUACCAGUGUGUCACUUUGCUCUAUAAUCCAGACAACACACAUGAGGUACAAUAGGUACAUUAUACGCCAGUCCUCGAAGGAAUCGAGGCUAUACAUACAUCAGUUUAUCAGCAUGGCGCUGGAGUUAAUUUUCAAGGAGGUGGCGACGGAGUUUAAAGGCGUUUAGCAAGAGUCCUUACGAGUUCCCCAGUUCAGGGCCACAAGGACCGGAAAGUCAAGUAACUACCUGCCUAUGUAAGAUAUUCUCAUAGGCGGCAUGAAAAGCAAAUCAAACGACAUCAUUAUGAGGAUUACAAAUAAAUGCAUGC